AUGUAUUCUGAAGUCUUCAGUAUUUAUACUAUCACAGAAUUCUAUUCCACUCCAGAGAGUCAGAUAUGUAGGCACUGCAAGGCAUAUGUAAAGGGGUUCAACCACCAUUGUCCUGCCUUUGGAAACUGUAUAGGUCAAAAAAACCGUGUCCUCUUCAUAAUCCUCCUAGUUGGGUUUGUUUUUACUGAGGCUUCGUAUGUAGCGUGCUCAUCUCAGUUUGCUACAAAAUUUCAGAUUAUGGAUAACAUUGGGGGUCUGACUAGUUCAUCUAGAAAUUUGGCAAUUUGCACAAUGCUAUUCUCUCUUCUCCAAGUGCUCUGGCAGGUGUACAUUGUUUCUUCUCCUAUACAAGUUCUUCCCUAUUUGAAUAUUGAAUUGUUAUCUAACAGGAACAUGCUGGUGAAUGUUUAUAGGGGGUGUUCCUGUUGUUUCAACAUCAAAACUGAUGAAUGGAGUUGGAGCCCUCUGAUCUUUGAAUUCCCAAACCUUCUUGAACUCCUUAAAGAAGCAUUUUAAUCUAUAUGGAAGAAGCAAGGGAUGUUUAUGUAUGGAAGAAGCAAGGGAUGUUUAUGUAACCAAUUUAGUGCUAUGGUGUAUAGAUUUGGCUUGUCAACAAAGAUUAUUAAGGAAACUCCUUUCCGAGCCUUUUUAAUAUCAAAUGAUUUCUCUCCUUUGUAAAAUA